AUGUUCACAUCCCGCAUCACCACGCCCAUCCCCGCCAAUCCACAGUACGAAGACAUCUUCUCGUCGGCCCUCGCGACCCUCUUCACCGACGACACGCAGACCAGCCACGGCGUCCCCGGCGGCCAUGUGAGCUACCACUCGCCCAGGUUCGGGAAGAUCGACCUGCGGAUACCCCAGCACCCGGCCGCCGAGGAAGGCCGCACGCUCUUCGCGCACUACCUGUGGAAUGCGGGCGUGAUCAUGGCCGAGGGGCUGGAGAGGGCCAGUUCUUCCGGCACAAAGGGUGAAACAGAUCAGGCACCACCACCGCCGCCGCACCACCAGCAGCAGCAGGACGGAAGUGACGAAGAGCAAAAGUCGGAGGAAUGGCAGAAGAGAUAUUGGGAUGUGAGGGGGACCAAGGUUCUCGAGUUGGGCGCUGGGACGGCGUUGCCAUCCAUCGUUGCUGCGCUCUCUGGCGCACGCUCAGCGACCAUCACCGACCACCCGUCGUCGCCCGCUCUGACCACCGGCGCCAUCGAGCAAAACGUCCGUAGGAACCUUGUCGAACGAGUCAACCCGCCAGAAACGGCGGAUGCGGACGCCGAACCCUCCCCUUCACCGUCGCCAUCGCACCCGUCCACGGCAACAGUUACACAAACCCCGAGUUCCACAGCAAUCGACAUCUUCGGUUACACGUGGGGCACGGCGACGAUGUACACGCCGACGCAAUACGGCAAGCCUGCCGAUCCACAACCCGGAGAUUUCGACCGCAUCAUCAUCGCCGACUGCCUGUGGAUGCCGUCCCAGCACGUCAACCUCGUCAAGACGAUCCUGCGCUAUCUGCACCGGCAAGAGCAGCAGGCGUCGGGUCCAGCGCCCCAGGGCCCCCCCAUCGAGAGUUGCGCCUUGGUUGUCGCCGGCUUCCACACCGGUCGCGAGAUUGUGCGGCAUUUCUUCGAGGUGGCCACCGGGGACUAUCGACUCCCAGAGGAAGAGGAGGACGCGAGAGAGAAUGACACCCGCGGCGAGGACAAGGACAAGAACGACCAAGACGGCGACGGAGAAGCCGAGGUGGCCAAAGAGGUUCAGGGCCGUCUCCGCGCCGCAGAAAUCUUCGAGAUCGACGUCAACGGCCUCCGCAGACCCUGGGAACCUCUCAGGCCAGGCGAGAAUAAAGAUCAGGCCAAGCGGUGGUGUGUCGUGGCCGUGCUGGUGAGAAGAUGA